UAGUGAUGGCGGAUUUAGUUAACUCGUUUCUCAACUUAGCGGUGCCCCCUGCCACCAUGAUGAUGCUGGCCUUUUCAUGGCCCGCCUUGUGCUUUAUCAAUGCAUGCGAAUGGCUUUACAACACCUUAUAUACUACAGAGAAUAUGGAUGGCAAAGUUGUUAUAAUCACCGGUGCUUCUUCUGGUAUUGGAGAGCAAAUUGCAUAUGAAUAUGCAAAGAGGAGGGCAAAUCUUGUGUUGGUCGCGAGGAGAGAACAACGGCUUCGUGCCAUUAGUGAGAAAGCUAGGUAUAUUGGUGCAAACAGCGCCAUGGUGAUUGCUGCAGAUGUUGUCAAGGAAGAUGAAUGUAGGAGAUUUGUUAAUGAAACCAUAAACUUCUAUGGGCGUGUGGAUCAUCUGGUGAACGCAGCAAGUUUGGGACAUACGUUCUACUUUGAUGAAGUUGCGGACACCUCAGUGUUUCCCAUUUUGUUGGACAUAAACUUUUGGGGAAAUGUUUAUCCGACAUUUGUUGCUCUUCCGUACCUACAGCAGACUAAUGGUCGAGUCAUUGUGAAUGCUUCGGUGGAGAACUGGCUACCAUUGCCGAGAAUGAGUUUGUAUGCUGCUGCAAAAGCUGCUCUCCUGAAUUUCUAUGACACUCUCAGGCUCGAAGUAAAUGAUGAGGUUGGAAUAACGAUUGCAACACAUGGAUGGAUCGGAGGCGAAAUGACAAGUGGAAAAUUUAUGCUUGAAGAGGGAGCUGAAAUGCAAUGGAAGGAAGAACGAGAAGUACAAGCAAGUGGUGGGCCUGUGGAAGAGUUUGCAAGGCUGAUCGUUUCAGGGGCAUGCCGGGGAGAUGCAUAUGUGAAGUACCCGAGUUGGCAUGACUCGUUCCUCCUCUUUAGGGUGUUUGCACCCAAAGUACUUAACUGGAGUUUCCGGCUUCUACUGUCGACUCAUGGUACAAGAAGAACAUCGAUGGUGGGUGUUGGAAAACUGAAGGCUGAAGGCAGCACAGCUAGGUAUACGAUGGAGAGCACUUCUCCUAGGAGGCUUCCUGCAGGUCCGAUAACCUUUUCGCAGAAGAUGGAGUAGCGGCAUCAAUGGCUGCCACGUCUUGAGU